CGGAGCGAGGCCCCCUCCCUCCCUCUCCCUCUCUGUGUUCGGGCAGGGCCGGCCGCGGUGCAGGCUGGGAGCCGCAGUCCGCAGGGGUAGGGCUCCGCUUGGGGCGUGCGGGCGGCUGGACUACACUUCCCGGCACUCCCCGCGGCGGUGCUUCUCUCUCACACACAUACACUCUCUCUCCCUCAGUCAGUCCUGCCGUCGCCGCUGCCUGCGCCGGACUCGAGACUUCUCCUCGGCCGCCUCCGCCUCUUUCUUCGCAGCGGCCUGGGGAAAAGGGAGGGAAGGCGUGAGGCCCCGCCCGGAGCAGGCGGAGCCCCUGGCUGGACCAGGCCUUUUUGGUGCUGAGCAGCUGUCAUGAUCUCAGCUGCACCGCUGUACAGCGGGGUGCACAACUGGACCGGCACUGAGCGGAUUCGCAUGUGCGGCCUCAACGAAGAGAGGAGAGCCCCACUUUCUGAUGAAGAAUCCAGCACCAGCGGCUCCCAGCAUCUGGGUUCCCCUGAAUUCUGUGUUGGCAGCAGCUUUUCCAAGGUGGAGCUCACAGCAGUUUCGAGUAGCGGCAGCAGCAGCAGCCAGGGAUUUGAGGCUGAAGGCAUCGUGGAGGAGAAAUUUGGGCCCAAGCUUGAAGAGCAGUCCCGCAGAGCAGACUGUGCUAAGAAGGCCUUGAAGGGCAGCGAUGCCAAGCCAGAUGAAGUUCAAGAGGCAGAACCUGCAAAGCCGGAGAACAGCAGCCCAGACUGUAUGUGGCCGCCUGCUAAGGAGGCGGCGGACGUUCCCCCUGCUUGCCCAAAGACUCUGGAGAGCGAGCAGGCGGGGAAAGAGAAGACUAGCCCGGCCGUUGGCGUCAUCCUGGCUGCUUCCACUGCUGCCCCAACUGCCAGCAGCAGCGGCAACACCUUGGCCACUGUCCCAGCCACCAUCACCUUGAAAAGUGUCUGCUUCUCAACAUCUCAGGCCUCUGCUAUGCAAAAAAUGGCCCUUUCUUUCCCCCCAGGAGCAGUCCUAACCCCCAGCCAGCCUGUGGUUUACCUCCCACCGCUUCCAAAUACACUUGGGGUCUCCUCCACCCUCGCCUUGCCCGUCUUACCCUCCUUCCAGCAGGACGCUUGUCUUCCUGGUCUCCUUACCCCCUCCGAACUGCAUUCUUUUCCAUAUGCCUUUUCUGUCUCCAGGCCCGUGGCCGCCGAUCCCAAAACAGUUUCUGUGGAGGCGAGUCAGUUGAGCUGCCCUUCGUCAUCGUCAGGAGAGAAUAGUACUCCUGCGACCCCGGCCCCCGCCCUUCCCACCAAUGGAUCAGAUCUUUCUCCCAGCACUCCUGCUCUGGUGGUGUCAUCGUGUGCCACUGCCAUCCCCUUGUCGGGGGCCACCGCUGUGCUUGCCAGGGCCUCAGCAGCCCCGGAGCAACUUCCCUCAGGUUUGCUGGCCUCCAUCUCCCCUCUGAAAUCUCCUCCGCAGCUGGAGCGCGAGAUGGUGGCCUCCCCAGAGUGCAGCGAGAUGCCCCUCGACCUCUCCUCCAAGUCCAAUCGGCAGAAACUUCCCCCCCCCAGCCAGCGCAAGACACCGCCCAUGCCUGUCCUGACUCCAAUACAUGCCAGUAGCAAGGCGCUCCUGGCCACGGCUCUCCCAAAGUCCCAGCGGUUGGCUCAAGCUGUGGGCAACCCGGGCACCGCCUCGCCCUUUGUCAUCUUCCCGGAGUUCCUGCGCAAUGGGGAGCAGGGCCCCUGGGUGAAGAGCUCAACCACCCUCAUUAGUGCCAUCCCAGGCACCUAUGUUGGGGUGGCCAACCCUGUGCCCGCUUCCGUCUUGCUGGGCAAGGAUUCCGGGGUCACCUUUAGCAAGGACCAGCACCAUCUUCCCAAGCAGGAACUGAUUUCCAUUAUUGAUCAGGGGGAGCCCCGCAAUACUGGGCCACCACCACCUGGGAAGAAGAAGGGGGGUGGGGAGGGGCAAGCGGAUCCUCCACGGCAGCUGCUCCCUAGCCGAGGCACUGCGGGGCCCAUCUUGCGCCCAGCCAAGGAGCUGCCCCUUUGGAGCCCCAGCCAAGGGAACCUUUUCUCUCGAUGUUCGGUCAAGGGGAGGCCUGCCACCCCUCAUCUCCUGCCUGUCGGGUGGUCCCACUUCCAGCCGGGGCCUCUCCUUUCCAUCGGUAUCUCAGCAGCUGGGCAGCUGCCUCUGAACCCAGUUGGACUUACAAAGCCAGCCAGCGCUAGUGAGCCAGCCACCUUCCCUGCAGUCCAGCCUGCUGAGCCUGCACAACUGGUGCAGAAGCCCCCUGAAGCCCCCACUCAGGGCAAAGGCUGCAAGAUGGCCUUGCCCAAUGCAGCCAGCCCUUUGUGUGUCUCGCCGGCUCUUCAGACCAGCCUCGCAGAUGCCAGGGGCCCCAAGGGCGUGGCCCCAAACUGUGUGUCCGAGAGAGCAGAGCCCGACUCUGUAGCUGAAGCCGCCCCACAGACUGAAGCACCUCAAGAAGGCUGCAGGCACAAACGCACCAUGGACACCAAACCUAAGAAUCAAUUUCUGACUGCCUACUUGGCCCAUGGCUUGCCCCUGGCCAACCAGCCAAAUGUGCGAACCGUCUCCGAAUCAGCACCCCCCGCUGAGAGCCAGCGCAAGGACCGGAGGUGUGACCUCCCCCGGAGCCAGCCGAAAACGGAAGCCCCUCCCUCGGUGCUUCAGGUAGACCUUAGCCGGGUAAAGAAGGAGCCAGUGGAUCCGGAAAUCUCGUUUUCCUCUGGCACUUGCCCACACUCUGGGGCUGCCCCACGAGACCCUCACGAGAAGGCCAAGAUCAAAGGAGUGGCCCAUAUCAAAGUGGAAGGCGGCUUCUCCUGCAAGCCCAACCGUCAGCACGAGGGACCGGACCGUCAGGCCCAUAAGAAGUCAAAGUGCCGAGUGGGCAAUGAAUCGAUGACGUCCUGCAGGUCAGACAACCAGAGCCAGCACAACCGUAAGUGGCGGAAGCACCAUGGGGACCUCCAUGAGAUGAGCAAAAGGGAGGGCCGCUCGGGCUCCACAAAAGACCGAGGCAGUCUCCGCGCCAAGCGAAAGCGGCGGAAACUAUCUCCAGGAUAUCAUUGCGAAGAAGGUUACGCCGAGAAGAAGGCGAAGAACAAUUUCCGGGACUUUAUUCCGGUGGUGCUGAGCAGCCGGACUCGCAGCCAGUCAGGGAGCGUAGGGGGAUCCUCAGGCAGUAUGUUAGGGGACUGUGAUGCUGCUGGGCAGGAAAUCAUGCCUAUGCUGGACGAGGAGGAAGAGGAGGAGGAAGACAGUGAUGAGGACAGUGACGAGGAAGAGACUGGGCUCUCCUUGAAGCAUCACAGGCUGAGGAAAUCCCACCGCCUCUCCGCUCACCUGGGCUGUAGAGACAGGCAGCGGGACCGGUCAGAAAGGGGCACCUUCCCCCUGAGCAAAAGCAGGGACGCUCUGUGGCAAGAAGAAGCUGCGAGGCAACUGUGGGGCUGCAAGAAGGAGGAGGAGGAGGAGGAGGAAGAGGAGGAGGCCGGCCACGUUAAAAGGAAGAAAAGGCGGCGGCAGAAAAGCUGGAAAUACCAGACCGGAGAGUACUUGAUAGAGCGGGAGAAAGAAGAGCACACCAGCUGCUGCCAUAAGCGGCGGAAAUCAAAAGCAGACUUCAGGUAUCGGAAGCACAAGGGCUCAGAAUCCAGAAAAGGCUCAGAGUUGUGCCUGCGGAGCAAGCUCCCUCAGGCCCUCCAGAAUCACCUGGACUUCCGCAAUGGAUUCCUUCUGGAUCACUCUGAUUCGGCGCCCAUCCAGGAGGUUCUAGACAAACCCUCUGGGAAGCGCAAAUGCAAAACCAAGCACCUGUCGGGCGUCUGUGAAGAGGGAAAGGGCAAGGCACGUUGGAACCAGUCAAAGUCCCGCUCCCCGAAGAAGGCUCAGGAGCCUUCCCUGCCCAGCAAAUCCCGGUCGCACAGCUCAGAGAAACACCGCAGCAUGGAGCACACCGCAGCCCCUCCGGUGCCCCCUGAAGCCCGGCGCCUGAUAGUGAACAAAAAUGCCGGGGAAACGCUGCUGCAGAGAGCUGCCCGGCUCGGCUACAAGGAUGUGGUGAUGUAUUGCCUGCAGAAGGAAAACAACGACGUUAACCAUCGGGAUAACGCUGGCUACACAGCCCUGCACGAGGCCUGCGCCCGAGGCUGGAUAGACAUCCUGCACAUCUUGCUGGAGCACGGGGCAAACGUCAACUGCAGCGCACAGGACGGCACCAGGCCUGUCCAUGAUGCAGUGGUGAACGACAACCUGGAGACCAUGUGGCUCUUGCUCUCUUAUGGUGCUGACCCCACCUUGGCUACCUACUCAGGGCAGACUGCCUUGAAGCUGGCCAGCAGUGAGGGGAUGAAAACCUUCCUUAAUGAUUACCUCUUAGAUCUGCAGGGGCGAGCCAAUGAUGACCCCCAGACAGCCUGGGACUUCUACAGCAGUGCUGUGCUAGAGGGGAAAGACGAGAUCGGCUGCGACCUUCUGCUCAACCCUCCUGGGAGCUCAGACCAGGAGGAAGACGAGCAGGACUCGGACCGCUUCGUGUUUGAGUUCUCCGACAAGCAGCUGCUCCCCUGCUACAACCUGCAAGUGUCUGUCUCCCGGGGGCCCUGCAACUGGUUCAUCUUCUCCGACGUGCUGAAGCGGCUGAAGCUCUCCUCCCGCAUCUUCCAGGCCCGCUUCCCGCACUUUGAAGUGGCCACCCUCCCCAAGGCAGAGUUCCAGCACCAGCUGUCCUUGAGCCAGGUGCUGGCCCCAGAAGAGAUCCAGGAGCACAUGGUGCCGCCCGGCGCCGCAGAGACGGUGGAGCUGGUGCGCUACGAGCCGGAACUGGUUCGGCUGCUGGGCUCCGAAGUGGCGUUUGAGGCCUGGAGCAGCUGACGAGGGAGGGGCCCCCAGAACGACCCCUCUGCUUCUGCCGCCGUCACUAUGUGCCACGAGGCAAUGCCAUGGACCGAGGAGAAGGUGGCUUUCGUGCCAGAGGCGGCGGCAAUGGCGGCAGGGGGGCCUGGGUGACGACCGUCGGCAGGCGCUUGCCUCCCGCCCGGCUGGAGCAGGGCUUGUGGGCAGCAGGAUACGCAGCAGCCCCCUCCCUGGCCCCGGGCUCUGAAUUGUUUGGCCCUUGGUGGUUUGAAAGCCUCUCUGUUGAACUGCAUCUCCCCCUCCCUUCCCGCUCCGGCCCCAAGCUCUUCCAGAGUAUUUAUUUAAUUAGUAUUUAAUUUGUGGUGUUCCUUUUUUUGUUCCUGCAAAGUCUGUAUCACUGUGAUUUGUGGGGCAGGUGGAGGAAGGCGGGAGGCAAUUUGAUGGCCAGCGGUCCCUGCCUGGAAUUUGCUGUAAGGAGCAAGCCGCCUCUUCCUUCUCCAGCCCCCAAGGCAUCCUGAGGGGCAGCCGAGACUUCCAUCUUCUUCUUUUGAGGGCCACCGAGGGCACUUCCAUCUUCCUCGCCCUCUGCUCAAGCCUCUGGAGUUGAGCCUGGUGCUUUGAGAGAGGGACAGAGGCUGAAUUGGUAUACAGCCAAAGGCACCCGGUAUUCUCAGCUAUUCUUCCUUGCCCCUUUGCCAUCUCCCCAUCCCCAGUUUUUAUUUUCCGAGGCCCCUUUUGCUAUAUGAAUUCAGGUGGCAAGGCAGUGGCCCUAGCGGGGUGAGUGCGGCAGAGAAAGGCGCCCAGCAGGAGGGCGAGGGUAGUAUAGAUGGUACAGUUUUAAUGUACAGGUGCUAACAAGGACUGGACAAUCUGUUUCCUGGCUCUUCCCUGCACCGGGUGGGGUGUUUGGGUGUUGAUUUUUUAAUUUUAUUUUGUGUUGUGUUCCCACUUGGAGCUGCAUUUCUUUUGCACCUCCUCUCCCACGUCCCCUUCGCCAUUUUCCGAGCGGGCUGCCCAAGCCAGCCUCCCACUUUGGAAAAAUGACCGUUCCCCUCCUUUUUCUCUUUUGCACCAAGGCUUUGGGGCCUUUGGUGAGUGUGUUCCGGCUGCUGUUUUAUUUUUUUCUUUCUUUCUUCCCAAUGAUUUGACUUGUUUUAUUCUUAAGCAACGCUUUGGUGUCAAAAACACUUAUGUACAGAAAAACCUGCAUCAGGA